UCUCCUUUGAGGGAGAGAGAAACGCUGUCAUGGCUCAUCCUUUCUCUCAGCCCCCCUUCUUUUAAUGUGGAGAGGGAGGUUUUGGAUAUUUCUUCAUCGUUCUUUUCGCUGAUGCGUUAACCGUGGUUUAAAUUUAUCUCCUUCACGUCUACACCACCUUCUCCCUCCACCGCGCACCCCCGCUAUUGCUUCCCGCCUAUUGUUCUCCCGCCGUUUUCCUCUCCUCUCCCCCCGCCCCCCGUGACUCUAAGACGUCGGCGGGAUUUCUCCUCCUCUCGGCCCCGGCAUCGACUGACGUCUUGGGGGCGGGUUCGAGCCGAGGCCGGCUGGGCUGUGCGCGGGUGAGAGGAGCCGGCGAGGGUACCGGUUAAAGCGGGAGUCUUGCAGCCAGCUGCUUGCUUGUCGCUCCUGCCUACCCCAGCACCACCACACACGGCGACACGGCCAAAGGCAGCCCGGGCCUCGCCGCCUCCAACUAUCUCCGCUCGGGGCUGGCAAGCCAAUGAGGGCCCAGACUCCGGCCCUCGCCGCCUCAGGAGCUGCCAGGAGCCCCCCGUGCCGACCUCCAGCUCGCCUGGCUUCAGGAGAGGUGGGCGGACUGGACCCCCAUGCGGCGCCUCCAGGAGAAAUUCAGGAGAUUCAUGAAUCAUCCAGCUCCAGCGAAUAGCCGUUACAAACCUACUUGCUAUGAGCAUGCUGCUAACUGUUAUACUCAUGCAUUUCUGAUUGUUCCAGCCAUUGUGGGUAGUGCCCUGCUCCAUCGGCUUUCUGAUGAUCGAUGGGAAAAGAUAACAGCAUGGAUGUAUGGGGUUGGUCUCUGUGCCCUCUUCAUCGUUUCUACAGUGUUUCACAUAAUUUCCUGGAAAAAGAGUCACUUACGGACAAUGGAGCAUUGUUUUCAUAUGUGUGACAGAAUGAUGAUCUAUAUCUUCAUUGCAGCAUCAUAUGCACCAUGGUUAAACCUUCGUGAGCUUGGACCUCUGGCCUCCCAUAUGCGAUGGUUUAUUUGGCUAAUGGCUGGUGGUGGAGCCAUUUAUGUGUUUCUCUACCAUGAAAAGUAUAAAAUUGUGGAGCUGUUCUUCUACCUAGCAAUGGGCUUUUCUCCUGCUCUAGUCGUGACCUCCAUGAACAACACAGACGGACUUCAAGAAAUUGCCUGGGGAGGCUUAAUUUAUUGCAUGGGAGUGAUCUUCUUCAAGAGUGAUGGGAUCAUUCCAUUUGCCCAUGCCAUCUGGCAUCUGUUUGUUGCUACGGCUGCUACAGUUCAUUAUUACGCUAUCUGGAAAUACCUUUACAGAAGUCCUGCAGAAAUCAUCCGUCACUUAUGAUAUUAAAUGCACCGGCACACACUCUUGCAACCUGCACUAUGCCUCCAACUCAGUAUUACUUGGGUAAAAGAAAUUCUAGGAAGCAGGGAAAACAUUGCACAGGGAAAAAUGCACUGACUUUGAUAGUUUUCAAACACAUUUACUGUGAACCGAAGUGACAAAAAUGUGUCCUAGAAUUACUGUUCAUAUCAAGUGCUGGGUGAACAGUUCUUCAAUCAUUUUUCUUGUGGCAGCCCCUAUUGGAAUAAAUGGGAUUAGCACAAGAACAUUGUACAACACCUAUUUAUUUCAGUGUGGCUUUCACAGACGCUUUUCUCUUGUAUUGCAUCCACUGUUGGUAAGUGGAAGCUGUAAUCCAGCACAGAAAGUUUGGUGCACUUAAGCCUAUUGGGUGUAAGCAUGCCUAACUUUGGUUUGUGGUUUAAAACGCCAUACUGCAUUAUUAAUAGUGCAUU